GAAAAGGCUGGAAUUGCGUGUUCAUCGCCUGCAGAAAUUUCAAAUUGACUCAAUGGCGAAAUAUGGUCCCACCAGCAGCAACAUGAAGCCGCGGUCUUGUAGAAAAAAACAAACAUCAAUGGCCGGAAGGCUACCAUGGCUCCAGAUGCACGUACAUGCAAGUCAAAAAAGUUGAAUUUACGCCACUGCGCUAUUUACAACUUUUUUUCUCCCUCCCUCUCUCUCUUUUCUUAUCUUUUUUUCGCAUGCUUUGCUAGGCGGACGCUUCCAUCUUUUGGAUAUAAUUUGAGGGUCUUUCCUCCAAAGUGCUUUCCCCAGAUUGCUAGUGUUGUUGCUUCAGAGUCACCCCAUCCACUGCUUGAUCCAUAAUAAAUUUUUUUACUCUCCCCCUUGCUUGCUCUUCGGGCCUUCCUGCUAAAAGCCCGGUCCUUUUCUCUCUCACUUUUCAUUGUACAAAAGGAAAAGCAUUGUCAUCUUCAAUACCUCGUGGUUGGGUGGGCAUCAUCAUCUAUUAGAUAGGGUCGCCCGUGUUCUGCCUCUUAGAAAGAGUUUACCUUUGCUGAGGUAGCAAGGAACAUCCUCGACAGCAAAGAUGGGAGACUCGGUCGAGCCGGCCCGCAAGUCGGAUGCCAGCCCCAAGGGGCAGCUCGACAAUGACUUUGAGAAACAAGUCGGUCGGGUCGAGAUGACGGCCGAUCUUAAGAGGAGGUUGGCCACUCGGCAUCUGAUGAUGCUGGGAGUAGGCGGUACGAUCGGUACCGGGUUGUUCAUCGGAACUGGGAGUGCCAUUGCCAAGGCUGGCCCUGCCGGCUGUCUUCUCGCCUUCAUCUGGGUCGGAACGCUGGUUUACAGCGUCAUGGUUGGUCUGGCAGAGAUGGCUACUUAUAUGCCUGUUACUGGCGGCUUUACCGUAUACGCCAGCCGUUUUGUUGACCCUUCUCUCGGAUUUGCUAUGGGCUACAUCUACUGGUUCUCUUGGUGCAUCACCUUUGCCCUGGAAAUGACAAUAACGGGUUUGAUUAUCCGGUAUUGGCUACCCGAGGUCUCUCUGAGCAUUUUUGUUGGCGUCUUUUGGGUCGCUAUAACUGCCCUCAAUGUCCUGCCCAUCAAGAUGUACGGAGAGAUCGAGAUGUGGCUGUCCUCUAUCAAGGUCAUCACAGUUAUUGGCUUCAUCAUCUUUGGCAUUUGCAUCGACGCGGGUGCAGGCCAGGAUGGGGUCAUCGGUGUGAAGAACUGGCAAAACCCCGGCGCUUUUGCCCCAUACCUGCUGGACCAGAUGGGAAACAACGAGGCUCUCGCUAAGUUCGCCGGCUUCUGGGCUGUGCUGGUGCAGGCCGGUUUCUCGUACCAGGGCACUGAGUUGGUCGGUGUCGGCGCUGGCGAGACGCACAACCCCCGCAAGACCGUUCCCCAGGCCAUCAAGUGGGUGUUCUGGUCUAUCAUUACUCUCUUCGUGCUCACCGUCUUUAUCAUUGGCCUGCUCAUUCCUUACACCAACGAGGCUCUCAGCAGUGGCGAGAACAACGCUUCCGGCUCGCCUUUUGUCAUUGCUGUGGACCUGGCCGGCGUGCGAGUGCUUCCGCACAUCAUCAACGCCGUCCUCCUCACGGUCGUCCUCAGUGCAGCCAUUGCCAACGUCUACUCGGGCUCUCGUGUUCUCGUCGGCCUGGCGGAGGAGGGUCUCGCACCCCGCUGGAUGAUGAAGACGACCUCGUGGGGUGUUCCCUACUACGCCAUCGCCUGCACGGCCAUCUGGGGCCUCCUCGGCUUCCUCAACGAGUCGGAGGGCGGAACGACGGUGUUCAACUGGCUCAUGAACAUUUCGGGUGUAGCUGGCUUCAUCUCGUGGACCUCGAUCAACGUCUCGCACCUCUUCUUCCGCCGGGCACUUAGCGUGCAGGGCAUCCCGGCGGAGCAGCUGCCAUACCAGGCCCCCGCGCAGCCGUGGCUGACGUGGUACGGCAUCUUUUUCAACGUCAUCAUCAUUCUCACCCAGGGCUUCACCUCGUUUCUGCCGUGGAGCGUGUCCGAGUUCUUCGUCGCGUACGUCAGCUUGAUCCUGUUUGCAUUGCUGUACAUUGGCCACAAGGCCUGGACGAGGUGCGGGUUCGUCAAGGCUCACGAGGCCGACCUGAUCACGGGUACCUACCCUGACGAAUAGGAGUAGCAGGGCAGCUUGUUUGUCAGUCUCUCUUGAAUUGAACGCAUCGGGAGUUGAUACGUUUUUUUUUUCUUAUAUUUGGUGUACGUUGUUUUGCUUGGAGCCACGGGCUGGGUUGCUUAUUGCUAAUGAGGCGGGGUUUUGUGCUUUGCUUUGCUUGGAGAUAUCCUUGGAGCCUAAAAGUAUAAUUAUUUUGAAUUGUAUUGUAUUCUAAUUAAUGAAAAAAAAAUCACUACAUGCC